UCUGUGGUCGCCUCAAUCUCAGCUCAUAUGGUAUGCAACUUUUUCGGGUUUCCUAAUAUCUCAGAAGCCAUUUCUCGCCAUGGUACUGUCUUGGCACUUACUUCGUACGCGCUCGGCCUUCUCGUUUGGGCUUGUCUUCUUUUCCCCAUCACUGAGCCAUCUCUCUAUGGUAACCCUGGAACAACAUGUUCUUGGUAGCUGA